UCUCUUAAUUGCCCCAUUCCCACCUUCGAGUCAGUUCCAAUUUCACCAACUUCUCUUCGUUAUAGCUUCGGCGACGAUUCUCUGAUACAAGAAAAAAAAAAAAGAGAAAAUUUGUCUAACUUUUUACCAUCUUAUACUUUGAGGAAUUUCUUGGUCAAGAUGACUUCUGUUUGCCCAUUCUCUAAAGCCGCACGCCCAGGUGAUACCUGUCCAAGGAAUUCUGGGGAAAGCCAUAACAGAAACCAGACAGAGCAUGGAAGCAUGGUUAAGGAGGAGUCUGAUGAUUCCACCAUUGUGUCUCCAAAGUGCCCAUUUGGAUAUGAUUCUCACACAUUUAAGUUGGGCCCUCUCAGCUGCAUUAUUUGCCAAGCCCUUCUCUUUGAAAGUACCAAAUGUGUUCCUUGUUCUCAUAAGUAUUGCAAAGCAUGUAUAUCACGCUUUAGAGACUGUCCACUCUGUGGAGCUGACAUAGAGAAGAUUGAGCCUGACGUGGAUCUUCAAGAUGUUGUUGAUCGCUUCAUUGAUGGUCAUGCUAGAAUUAAGAGGCCACAGUUGAAAACAGAUACAGAAGAUGAAGGAAAUCAAAAUAGAACUGUGAUAUAUGAGGAUGUGUCUUUGGAGAGGGGUGCUUUCUUGGUUCAACAAGCUAUGAGGGUGAGUUUGGAUUUUACCUUGAUGGUGUAAAAAUUUUGAAUUUCU